UUUUUCAUAUUUCGUUUGAUUACGUACAUUUCACUUUCUCGAUCUCAUUCGUGUUUUUUUCUUCUCUUCGUUAUCCAUUCGAUUUGCCAUUGUUUUUAUUAACAAAAAAGAGACGACACACAAAAAAAAAAUUUGAUAAAAAAAAAGAAAACGCCAUUCAAUAAAAUAAUUCAGUUCAAGAACAUCAUCCAAAAAAACGAGAAAAACGAACUCUCAAAAAAAUUCUCGUCUUUGUGAGGCUUUUUUUCUCAGUGAAUUCCUCUUCUUUCCUUUAUUUUGGAUUUUUUUGUCGAUUGAAAGUAAAUUAGCCUAAAAAAAAGAGAAGAAAACAGUUAUGUGAAGGUCGCCUCCCACACUUUAGCUAAAAACGCAUCACAAAGAUAAUACAAAUAUUGCCUUCAACCUGUCUCUGAAUCUGGAAGAAGCUAUACGCACUUUUUGUUCCGUCACCCCUUUGGGCAUUGCUGUGUCAUUGGUUGGUGUAAUUUUCAUAGCAAUCGCCGUCGUCGUGGCUCUAGAUUUGUACAGGAAUCGUCAUUUAGCAUCGCCGCUGCGAUUUUAUUGCAUCGCAAAGAUCGAUCGUUUGUACGAACUUUAUACAAAUGUUUCCAAGACGAUGGACAAUGUAUUCGUCACGUAUUUAGGCACAGACGGGGGACUCUGUGCCGAGCCAGAUGAUAUUCCCAAAGUCAAUACAACAGUUUGGGUUCUUGGAAAGAGUUAUAAUGCUAUUCAGGAAAUAGAACUUAUCCGUCGAGAUAUUCAAUCCAAAUUAUGGUGCACUUAUCGUCGAGGAUUUGUUCCUCUGGGCGAAUGUCAACUGACCACCGAUAAAGGAUGGGGUUGUAUGUUGCGUUGUGGGCAGAUGGUUUUGGCGCAGGCUUUGAUUGACUUGCAUCUCGGGAGAGAUUGGUUUUGGACGCCAGAAUGUUUUGAUGCAACUUAUUUGAAGAUUGUCAAUCGUUUUGAAGAUUCGAGAAAGAGUUUCUUUUCGAUUCAUCAAAUUGCAUUGAUGGGUGAUUCGGAGGAUAAGAAAGUUGGACAAUGGUUUGGACCGAAUACUGUGGCUCAAGUGAUGAAAAAACUUGUUCGCUAUGAUGACUGGUGUUCAAUUGUUGUGCAUGUUGCUUUGGAUAAUGUUGUAGUCACUGAUGAAAUAUACUCACUUUGCCUUGAAAGCGAAACAAAUGAUGACACCUGGAAGCCAUUGCUACUGAUCAUUCCUCUGCGUUUGGGAUUAAAUACGAUCAAUCCAAUUUACGUGCCUGCCUUGAAGAAAUGCUUUGAACUAGUCGGUAGUGUGGGAAUGAUUGGUGGCCGUCCCAAUCAAGCACUUUACUUCAUUGGCUAUGUGGACGAUGAAGUAUUAUUCUUAGAUCCACACACAACACAACGUUCAGGUAGCGUAGGUAAUAAAAGUUCUAUUGACGAAUCUGAUUUAGAUGAAACAUACCAUCAAAAGUAUGCCGGACGAAUUGAUUUCCAAGCAAUGGAUCCUUCAUUAGCUUUGUGCUUCCUUUGCAAAUCACGAAUCAGUUUUGAAAUAAUCAUCGAUAAACUGAAAACCGAGGUCAUACCCUCGAGUAGUCAGCCAUUGUUUGAAAUCACAAAAGCUCGAUCACCCGAAUGGAAAUCAGCGGCUGUUGCAAGUGGAAUGAAUUGCACUAAUCAAGAAGGUUUUGAAGAUCUUAACCAUCUUCGUGCAACUGGAGCAGCGACGAACAAAGAGGACGAAGGCUCAGAUGAGGACUUUGAAAUAAUUUCGUAGUGUAAUGCUUAAACAAAAGAAAAACAAAAAAUUACAACAACAAGAAACAAAUUCCCUCAUCUAUCUAUCUCUAUCUUUCGAUUUCCUCACUUCGGAUUACAAUAAUUUGCCUUUUACUUUAUUUUUAAGAAAACAAAAAAAAAAAAAAAUAACUUCCUUUUUUUUAAAAGUAUAUAAACAAAGAACAAUACAAUUUAUAGGAUAAUUAUUGAAAAUAAAUAAUUUCAAAACAAACUUA